AUGUCAGACUAUCCGCCGAACCCUUCGUAUGGGCUGAACUAUGGAGCGCAAGACCCAGCCAAUCCUCCCUACCUCCCUCCUACCUAUCCAGCUCAAUAUCUGCAACCUGACGAUGGUCGCAUGGCUCAUACCAAUUUGGCAUCGAAUUAUGACGCGUAUGGAUACAACAACGCCGUGCCGGCGUUCAACCCGACUCCAAUGGGUUCUGCUGUUCCUCCAGUGCCCAUUUAUCAAGGUUGGAAUCAAGACCCAGCUCCCUUAGCCCCGUAUAAUCCACACAGCGGACCACAGUAUCCAGGCUAUCCUGAUAAUGCGCAUCACAACUCGCCCUAUUACCCCCAGCCUCAAGCAGUUUAUCAACCCCCGCCGCACGCUGCAAGACACUAUGAUGAAGGCGAGGUGAGCGAAGGUGAAUUUGAGGUUAAUGCAGGCCGUAUGAACAACGCGCCCGCCGCCUAUGGGGCAAGCCAGUUCCGUUCGAACGACAGUCCAGCUUAUGUUGAACCCUCUCAGCGCCCAAGCUACCCUAGACCUCAAGCCCAAGCUACCCAACAACCUUAUCGUGCUGUAGCAAACCACAAUGUCCCUACCCGGGAUUCUCCUCGAGCACGGCAACUAUCAGAUGCGUAUUCGCCGCAUGUUUCGCCUGUAGCAGUUGACUCCCGCGAUCAAGGAAAUACAAAUCAUAGUUACAACUCACAUACACCUCUCCCUACUACUGUGGCUACAAAUGGCGGCCUACAAGGUCAAAAUGGCCAGACUCAAAGCGGUGUUUCCGGAUCAUCUGACGCUCGGUCUCGUCCAAACUCCCGCGUCGCUCCCAUAAGCACAGAGGAUCCCAUCGUCCCUGCUAGUCAUGUCCAUACCCCACCAGCGCUGGGUGAAGCGUCAAAUGUGACUCCCAAAACUCUAGCUGAUGCUCGCAAGAAGGCUCAAGGAGCAAUACUUAAUCUAUGGCCAUAUGAUGUCCGCUUCCAAACCUACGUUGAAGAAGGGUUUGAGGAAGACCUAGUGGGUGGUCUCUUUGAUGAUCUCAGGAUGCCACGGGGAUCAGCUAAGCCUCUGGCAAAAGAUGGGGAAAUUAUCCCACAUCGAGCUGCUGUACCUUCCCCAUCUAACGGGGCAGCAAAAACAACUACCGCUUCACAAAGCUUGGACAGGCAUUCUGGCCUUAACGGUCGUUCGCCUCCAUUACCCAUCCAAAUAAGCGGUACGCAUGCUAUUAUAAAUUGCACUACGCCUACUAAGGCCGCUAUCCCUGUGUCGGUAAAUGCAGCAAAUACGGUGGCCAAGCCUUCAGCGGCGAUGACCGAGAAAGAGCGAACUCUCCAAUCGAAGAUGGAGGCUCUUCGGAAAUCGCGUGAAGAGCGUGCGCAGAAAGCAGCAGCCAAGAAUACUGCGAAGUCGCCUACCGAUGUAACUCCUAAUAUUCAGCCUCAACCGCAAUCAACUGCACCUGUACUGUCAACCACCCAAGCACACACCCCCUCCACUUUGGCUCUAAGUACAGUACCCCGACACAUUUCUCCCAUAGAGCACCCAACACCAGAUCCGUCAGUUUCGACCGAACCCGUCAAGCAAAAUAACCAGCCGCAGGCUCCAGCCAUCCCUGGGCUAUUUCUAGCAUCGACAGCUCCACGUGCAGGGUCUCCAUCGAAUGCUCCGAGCAUGGCAACUACGACUACUCUAAUCAACCAACGCAAGCGUCCUGUGGCAGCUGAUUUCGAUCCCCUUCCUAGUACCAUCUCCCAGUUUAAACGUCCCUUUGGCCACAGUGGCCAUGACCGGCGUUUGGUGAUUGAUGUAAGUGAUGAGGAAGCCGACUCGGAUGACGAAGAUGUGGAAAUGGAUCUCGAGUCACAAGCAGACCAAGAUUCCCCCAUGCAACCCCCACGGAAAAUGUCUGAUCAGCGAGCUGCUGCGAUUCAUAAUCUACAACCCUUGUCUGAUUUCCCCUCACGCAAGCCUUUCACGCCUCCUCCGAACUCAUCAGCGGCCAGCACCCCUCCUACGUCCAAAGCUGCGCUCGGGAGGCCGGAAGUAUUACAGCGAAAGGAGAGCCAAAUUGAACAGUUGAAAAAGAGGAUUGCCGAAGCGGAAGCUCGGAGAAAAGCUCGUCAGACCCCGAGUGGCACCCAAACUCCUCGCGCUGGUGACAAUCAAAAUGCGGAGACAGUAGAUGAUACUGGUGGCAAUGCUAGUCUUACGAGCAAGGUUGAAGCAUCAAUGAAGAUGCAACAGCUCAUCGGCAUCGCCGACAAAAAGGUCAACUCAGACCAGCAAAAGCUACUGGAGACCCAGGCUGCCGAGCUUGAGAAGACGGCUGAGUUGAAGCAGAACGAAGAUGAGAGCAAACGCCUUCGCCUCGAAAAGAUCGCCCUCGAUCUCCCACUCAUUGAUGUGCAAGUCCAACAGACCCAAACCAAGCUACAGCAAUUACGAUCCGAGGCAGCAAAACUUGAAGCCGAGAUCUUCAGAAAUAUGGAGAUAAAGCAGCAAAUGGCUGAGGAAAUGGAACGCCUAGGACAAGAAACGGAACAGCGGCUCCAAGCGGAGAAGGAGAAGCUUCAAUAUCUGACAAAAGCAGAAACCGGAAAUAAUGGUACCAACGGCGACUCUUUCAUCCCCCCUUCCUCGACCAUAACCGAGGCUGGGAUUAUAAAUUCACCGCUGCCCGUCGGCGGCCUCGAUCAGACGUCCCCCUCUGUCUCCAAUGAAUCUCAACCAUUGGAAGCCGCUAGUAUACAGGAUCUCGACCCUAACAGCCAGCAAAACCCUGCUCGUAGCGUCGAGGAUAGCGAGGCCAAGUUGAUGGGGGCGACUGGGACUACCCAACAGCUGCUGCUCGAUCCGCACGAUCAAACGUCGGCCGACCACGCUCUAGAAGCAGCCUUACAAGAGGCAGUACGUGCUGAAGCCGACUCUCAUGCACACAACGAUUUGGAAAUGGAGGAUUCGUUUGCCCCUGAUCCAAAUCAAUUGGCUCCCGAGAGCUCACCCAGUCUUGCCGAUGAAGGAAGUCAAAGCCCAGUCUAUUCACCAGUCCUCGAGCGUUCAGUUCCAGAUGUACUUGAGGCUGACGGAGAGUCGGAUAAUUACGAACCACCUGAAGCAACGCCGCCUGUGGAUGCACCUUCUCCUGUUGACUCUCCUCCCUUCAGUCCAGCCCCACCAGAUAUGGUUAUCGAACCCACAAGUGUUGAGGAAUCGAUGCAAUUAAUAGAUGACACUAGCCGCGAGCCCGCCAGCGAUAUGCCACUGCAUCAGAAUGGCAGUGCGCCGCGGAAUGAUGUCAAGAGCGGUCCUGAGAAGCCUCGAUUCUUCACCCCUUACGAAAGCCCGCUCAAACACUUUGGCGCUUUCCGAUUCCACCCUACUUACAAGCAAGAGGUCCCUGGGGGGUUGCGGUCACUGACUUAUAGCCAUAAAAUCGACCCCGACGUGGAAUUCUGUCGAUAUGAGUUGGCAGGAGGCAUUUGCAACGAUACCACCUGUGAAUUUCAACACUUCCGAGAUAUUGGCCUCCCUGAUGAUGCCGUAUUGACCAACCUGGGCAGCCCUGAACAGUUCAGCCCGUCGCAACGCGAGAAGUUCUGUGAGGGUUUAAGAGCGGUUCUUACCGGUUUGCGCGCCCGAAAGAUCAAGGACUUUGAGGUGAUUGCUUCCGAAAUCGUCGCCCACCGAUCCAAAUUCCUCGGCGACAACUCCAAAGUGCUCAAUCUCGAGGGCACAGGUAUCUGA